UGUUAACGUUGUUGUUUGCGUAAUCCUCCUCCUGGGGCAGCUUUAUAAAAAGCCACACUGAGAUUCAGGAAAACACUCUCGACUUUUGUUCUGGUCUGAGACAGAAAAAAAGAGCCAAAAUGAAACUGUACCUUGCAGUGGCCGUGUUGCUGCUGGCCUUCGUGGCCUACACAGAUGCCCAGGGUGUUGAAGAGAGAUUUGACGAAAUCCGCCAGCAGUUUGCUGAAAUGGGCCAAACUUUUGUAGAGAAGGCAAAGAGCGGCUUCCAGCAAGUUCAGGACAGCCAAAUCCCUGAAAAAGUCAGAAACUUCUUCCAGGAAUAUUAUGAGAAAAUGGUAGCCAAAGUCCAGGGGCAGUAGACGUCUACAAGCAUCUCCCCUCACCCGGACUGAGAAGAAUUUAAUCUAAACAGAAAAAUAUCAUUUUAUAUAUCUGCUUUUGAAAUCCAUGUCUGGUAUGUUCAAUGUGGGUAAAACUGCUGUGGUGUGACACUUCAUUUUGACACGCAUAUUAAUUUGGUAUACCAAAUAAAUAAGUAAACAAAA